CCUGAUAAUGGAGAAUAACAAUACUAGCAAGGUUAGGUGGAGGAGAGGCAUAAAGGCGUGGGUUAAAUGACCACUCUUAUAAUGUCCACACGUUAUUGUUAUACCCUGUUUAAAGUCCGAAGAAAGGAAUUAUUUUUCUUUUUUUUUUAAAUGCAUAGUAUCCAGUUUAUUUUUAUUGCCAUCGAGGCCCUGUAUAUGAUAUAAAUUAAAUUUCAGAAUAACAUCUGUGAAAUGUAUUGAAAAUACGGGUCUGGAGCAUAUAUUGUUUGGCCAGUUUUUAUGUGUAUUUUUAUAAAAAAAAGUAUACUAAAUAUAAGCUAUGACUUCGUGUGCCAUAUUUACUUAUAAAGAAGCUCGUUUGUGUUUUUUAGUAUUUUGUCAAAUAAAAGUAACCUGUUUACACACGAUAGCAUUUUAUAUGGUGAUUGAACCAACUUCUGAGGUACGACACAACAGCUGCUUGCGGUGUGUCAGUUAUUUUUUGGCUACUCUCUAAAAUGACGUGGUUACAUUUCAGUGCUUUCGCUCAAGCAGUACAGCGGAACUCGUGAGAAGCGAUCCUUCUCCACCGUUCCAACCCCUUCAGAAAAUAUUUGUGUGUUUUUUUUUAACUGAUCUCCGCCCUUUCACAAUGACGUCACAAAUUGAUUAAAGUAAAGGAGCGGCCAGUCAUUAACACGAGUAGGUGCCGUGUUGUAGAUUUGGGUACACCGGCGGGAGGGGUUUGUUUUGCUGAAGACACUCAAUAACCUUUUAAAAAAAAAACUAUGGAAGAAUGAAACUUGCUUGGCUGUUGAAACGUGUGAGUUUACGGCGACAGCGGGUCACAACACAACAGCAGAUAAUGAAAAUGCCUUCUUUGAACUGGAGUUUUGGAAAGAAUUACGAAUAGCAGUUCCCUACAGAGAAGUGGACUCCUUGCGUGUGCUUGUGAUCUGGUUAUACAAAGGAGAAAUGUGACGCGCACCGAGAUGACAGGAACAACUCGAAACGAAAAACUAUGUGUUAGGUUAUUCCUCGCUACGUUGAAGCGGAAAUAUAAUCUUAAAAACAAAAACAGAAUAUAAUUUCACACACCGGCUCUAACCCACCAGUGCUGAUCGUUGUAUUGCUACUGUUUUUAUUUGUUAUGAAGACAAUGCCGGAUAAUUCCAGACGCUUCAAUUGAGGACCUGUUGCGUCCACACCUCGUGGAUUUUUUGUUUCAGUUUUCUCUUUCAGAAGAACGCCUUUGGUAGAAGCUAUAGCACAGCCAGCUACAGCACCUGUGAGAGGCUAAAGUCUAUAGCUUUUAAAGGUAUGAAAAAUGAGUUGCAGGAAAGUGAAGAUCCUGGGUAUCAUGAUGAUAGCAAAUUUCUUUGUUUACAUCAUGGUGGAAGUGUCCAGGAGUGGUAACCAGGACAAAAACAGCAACAGUAAAGUCAGAGUCCCUGACAAGCAGUUUUGGAAGAAAGUGGUUCCAAGUGAAGCUUACUGGAACCGAGAACAGCAGGGGUUGGACCUCUUAUACAACCCUAUUCUAACAGCAUUAAACAGCACUAGCAGUACUGUAGAGGCAAGUCUGAAUGUUAGUCAACUGACUCCCUGUGAGCCUGACCUUGGGGUCAUGACCCAAGUCAAGGACUAUAACUCCCUACCAGAACGCUUCAAGGAUUUCCUCUUGUAUAUGAAGUGUAGGACUUAUCCCCUGGUAGUCAACCAGCCACGCAAAUGCAAGGACAAGCCUUUUCUUUUGCUCGCUGUAAAGUCACUCGCCCCGCACUUUGACAGGAGGCAAGCCAUACGAGAGUCUUGGGGAAAGAAGGGCAAGAUAGGCAACUACACGGUGGUCACUGUGUUUUUGCUGGGAAAUGCGACCGGCACGGAUCAUUUUCCUGACCUUUCUGAAAUGCUGCGAUACGAGAGCAACAUGCACGGUGACAUCCUGCUGUGGGACUACAGAGACUCCUUCUUCAACUUGACGAUAAAAGAAGUGCUGUUCCUGGAGUGGGUCAGCGAGUACUGCUCUGACGUGAAAUUCAUUUUUAAAGGAGAUGAUGAUGUUUUUGUCAAUACAUAUAGGAUCCUGGAGUACUUGAAGAGCUUAGGCGAAGCUAAAGCCAAAGAUUUAUUUAUUGGGGAUGUCAUCACAAAUGCAGGACCUCACAGAGACAAAAAGCUGAAGUACUUUAUUCCGGAGAGCAUGUUCACAGGGCAGUACCCUGCUUAUGCAGGCGGAGGUGGCUUUCUUUACUCGGGAAGCCUGGCGCUAAGACUGUAUAAUGUAUCUCAUCAAGUAUCGCUGUAUCCAAUCGACGAUGUCUACACAGGUAUGUGCCUUAAAAAGCUUGGCCUUGUUCCUGAAAAGCACAAAGGAUUCAGGACUUUUGAUAUUGAAGAAAAAUAUAGAAGCAAUCCCUGUUCUUACAAAAGCCUAAUGCUGGUACAUAGCAGAACUCCACAAGAGAUGAUCAAAAUAUGGUCCUGGCUGAAUAACCCAGAGUUGACCUGUCAGUAGUUCUUAACCAGGACUAACAUAUGUGUGUUUGAAAAGAAGUGGGCAGCUAAUUUUGUACAGUUUGGGCCUUAGUUUAACUGUUUGUAGUGUGGCGUCGGUGUUGCCCAGAACUACUAUAUUCAUAUGCAGGUCUCUGUUGACCUAGCUUUCCUUUGUAAUUACAAUGCAAAGUCGUGAUUUACUGUGAUCCAAAAGCAGCCUUGAAGAAUCUGAAAAGAUAUGAAGGGUCCUAAUAUUUUAGAAUGAAGUUUCCUUUUUUUUUUUUUUUCCCCCAAAUAAAGCAGAUAUCCCCAGUUUCAUAAACAAUUACACAACUUUCUUAUUGCUAAAUGAUUUUUUAUUUCAGUUGUACAGUUCCAAAUGGAUACAACUGCCCGUCAAAGUUCGGAGGAAAAUAAAUGCUGCAUUAAUUCAAACAUAAGUUGAAUAAUAUAUGGUAAAUAUCUAUGCAACGUCCCCUAAUUUGAGAUAUACUGUUGAUGACUACUCCAAAUCAAAGAUGACCAAGUGAGAGCCCAUCCUAAUACUAAAGGUUUUUUUGUUUUAAUCUGCUUUGUUUUAGACCAGAUCACAGCAAUUCCAACUUGGCUAAUGCAAGAACAAAAUGAUUUUCAUUAUCUGCCUUAGGUGCUUAUGCUUUACCAUUGUACCAAAAAUAAAAAUGUAAAUACUUGUAUGAUAAUGAUGUUGCAUAAAUCACUGGACCCAAUACUGUGUAUGCCUUAACAGUGUUGGUACUGUUAUCUGACACAUUUUUGUCAUUGUGAUGAAUCUGCAAGAACAGAAUGGGUAAAAAUGUAAAUAAUAAAGAAGGAACAAGUAAUUUGCCUCAAUUAAGGAACACUGUAAUCUAAAACUUUCAGCUGCUUUACUCACUUCUUACAGUUUGUUCAUCGACAGAUAAAGUAUUAAACAGCCUAAAGCUCCACCAAAUGCUUAAGCUAAAACGUUUUAACUCCACAGUGUUUUUCAGGCUGCCCAGUGUUUACCAGUAGCUGUGCUUGCCAGCGUCAGUAAAAUAGUCCUAGAGAAAUGCACAUAUUCGUUGUAAGAAGUCUUUGUGUACAUGAUUUAGUGUUAAGAUGUUUGAAGGCUACGAGUAAAGGUUCUCCAAACGUGAUCUUUUAUGUGACAGCCUAUUUUUUUUGUUUGUGUUUAAGGAUAACAGAGCUGAUGCAUUUCACAAGGUACAAAUGUUAAUAAGUACAUUUAAAAUAUAGAGGCUUUAUUUAAUUCUCAAUCUCAUGACAACUUAGUUUUGAAGACCUAGUUUGUUUUGCACAUUUCUUUUACUUACUGUGUGUGUAAUGUUUGACACGAUAGGUUUCUGAAGAAGAGUGUGAUAUGUACAGCCAUCUGAAAUGUGUUUGUAUAAGAUUGUGGAUCACUUGUGUCAGUUUUUAUCUAUGGAAAUUGCGUUGGCUCUUUUAAAAUAAUGGUGGCAAAUUCACACGAAUGUCCAUUUCAUAGGCGCAACAAUUGAAUAACACAUGUUUUGAAAAGAUUUUUCAUGUGCAGAUUUUUAUUUUUGUAAAUGACCACAAGUUUAAGUGGAACACCACAGAAACAGCUGCUUUAAUCAUUGGAAUUUGUAUUGGUUUUGCAGCCAUUAUUUUAGUGUAAUCAGAGUAUCUUAUUUAACUGUAAGAACGUACAUGGGUGGCUGUCAACUGUAUUGAAUACCGCACAGGGUGCUGUACAUUAUGUAUUGUAUUUCACGCUCUGUCUAUUCCAUAUUCCCCAGGAACCUGUGUGUAUUUUGGAAAACUUUCUGUCCAAUCUGGACUAUACUGAGCAUAUCAUGGAGAGCAAUUGAUUCCUAAGAGAGACUGAACCGUGUUUUAUGGAAUGUUGUGAACCAAAUGUGUGUGUUCUGUGUGUGUUUUGGGUUUAACGUUUAUUUGUAAUCCUGUUCUGUCACAAAGAAGCUGAAUAUGAUGUUUGUUAAUUUUCUUCCAAAAUUCUUCUGUUGUGUGUGCUUCCUGUGUCUAUGUAAAGAAAGUACCUGCUGUUUUUUAUUUAUUGUUUAGGGCUGAUGAAACCUGUUUUCCACCUACUCAGAAUGCAUAUACUCUAUUUUUUAUGAAAAUAACUGAUGCAUGAAGAGUUUACCAGUUUGGGUAUUGAUUUGAUCAUUAGAAUACUAUAUCUCUUAAUAAAGUGUGUUUUUAAAGA